GCCGCCUUUCGGGCUCUGAAAUCCAGGGUGUACCCGUCAAGCUUGAGCUUCAGGCUGUAAGAUCAAUACUGAGACGAGGCUAAUUAUUCAGGACGGCGGCCGUGACGACCGCGGGCCGCCCCCCCGUGACUUUGGUCGCUACGACGACCGCCCGCCGCGCCGUGACUACGACCGCUAUGACGACCGUCCGCCGCGCCGCGACUAUGACGACCGCGACCGCCGUUACGAUGACCGUCCCCCUCGCCGCGACUUUGACCGCCGCGGUGGCGGCGGUGGCGGGUUUGAGGACCGCCGCGGUGGUGGUGGCGGCUUCGAGGACCGCCGCGGUGGUGGUGGUGGUGGUGGUGGUGGUGGUGGUGGUGGGUUCGAGGAUCGCCGUGGUAGCGACCGCGAGGACCGCGGUGGUUACAGCGGCGGCGGUGGCGGCGGUGGCGGCCGUGACCGCUCGCCCCCGCGCCGUGAGCGCGACUACCCUCCUCGUGACUAGGUGGAUUUCUUGUUAUGGUUGACGAGUUGUCAAGGGGGUGGAGAACGCAUGAGGUUGAUAAACGGACGGAAGGAAAUAGUAUGAGGAAGGGUGAUUGCGCUCUCCGAGAUACAUGUCACUCACGCGACACCAUCCGUUUGUUGUACGAAA